UUGCAUAUUGUAUUUUCGGGUUUGUGAAGCUGUAUUUCAGAGAGUCUGCUUGACAGGAUUUAAUAAAACACUUUUUUCCUGCAUGCUAGGUAAAGAACUUAUCGACUACAUUACUGAAUACUUGACAAAAAUCAGAGAGAGGCGGGUGAAUCCGGAUGUCCAGCCAGGAUACAUGCGCAAUCUUCUUCCAGACAGUGCCCCAACUGAUCCAGAAACCUGGGAGAAUAUAUUUUGUGACAUUGAAAAAAUAAUAAUGCCAGGGGUGGUCCACUGGCAGAGUCCAUACAUGCAUGCAUAUUUCCCUGCACUGAACUCCUGGCCCUCUCUGCUUGGAGACAUGCUGGCCGAUGCCAUUAACUGCCUUGGAUUCACCUGGGCAUCCAGCCCUGCCUGCACUGAGCUGGAGAUGAAUGUACUGGACUGGUUGUCCAAAGCUCUGGGGCUGCCCUCCCACUUCCUGCACCACCACCCAGGCAGCAGAGGGGGUGGGAUGUUACAGAGCACUGUAAGCGAGUGUACCCUGGUCUCUUUGCUCGCGGCCAGAAGAGCCAAGAUUGUUGAGCUGAAGGAGUCGGAGACCGAUGUGGAUGAUUCUGUACUCAACUCCCGACUUAUCGCCUAUGCAUCUGACCAGGCUCAUUCCUCAGUCGAAAAAGCAGGCCUGAUUUCCUUGGUGAAAAUUCGAUUCUUGCCCACAGAUGAGCAGUUUUCCCUUCGUGGGGAAACACUGCAAGCAGCCAUUGAGGAGGACAGGAGGAAAGGCCUCAUACCAGUUUUACUCUGUGCAACUCUGGGUACCACGGGAGUGUGUUCCUUCGACUGCCUGUCUGAAUUGGGACCAGUGUGUGCCAAGGAGGGCCUGUGGCUGCACGUGGAUGCAGCGUAUGCUGGAUCUGCCUUCCUCUGCCCUGAGCUGCGUGACUUUCUGAGUGGGAUCGAGUUCGCGGACUCCUUCGUGUUCAACCCCUCAAAGUGGAUGAUGGUCCAUUUUGACUGCACUGCUUUCUGGGUUAAAGAUAAGUACAAACUUCAGCAGACCUUUACUGUUGACCCAGUCUAUCUCAGGCAUGAGAACUCUGGAGCUGCCACAGAUUUUAUGCAUUGGCAGAUUCCUCUGAGCCGGCGGUUCCGCUCACUGAAGCUGUGGUUCGUGAUGCGCUCCUUUGGAAUGAACAAUCUGCAGGCACACAUAAGACAUGGCAUAGAGAUGGCAAAGCUGUUUGAGUCCUUUGUCAAGGCCGAUCCUAAUUUUGAAGUUCCGGCCCAGAGACACCUUGGCUUGGUAGUGUUCUGUCUGAAGGCAGGCAAUACUCCUACACAGGAACUGUUGAGAGCACUGACAAAGUCAGGGGCCAUGUACCUCAUUCCAGCAGCCAUCUCCUCAAAACUGGUCAUUCGCUUCACAGUGACAUCCCAGUUCACCACUGAAGACGACAUUGUUAGGGACUGGGAUAUCAUCCGCCGCACAGCUGCUGCAGUUCUCGCUGAAGAACCCAUGGCCCAACUAAUAAACAGCACUGGGGAGCUACCGAAAACCUACAGUGGUGCUAGGGAUCAAGCUGAAGGCAAGGCAUGGCCUCAGGAAGCGAGUAUUAGAGUUACCGCGAGGCCAUUCGAAUGCAAGCCCAAGGAAGACCAAAGCGGAACCUCUGCGGAGACCGGGAAGCUCAGGAGCCCCUCUGAUAUCUUUUCUCCAGCAGGAGUUCAGAAGGUCAGACAGCCUUCUGCGGUCUACGGCUGUCUUGGUGGGCAGGACCAACGGAGGAAAACCCGCUCCCUGAGCUGCAACAGCGAACCACUGACACGGCCAAAAGACACAAAUCUUCUCAGGCUCAUAAAGGAGGGUAGUGCUAGAAAUGCAGCUUGCACUAAAGAGGGAAUUCUCUCCAAGAUCCCAGAGAGUAUGAUAAUCUUGGAGAAAAGAGCCUUGAAAAAGCUGACCAAGUACUAUAGUGUUCCCAUCUUCUCACAGUGUGGAGUUCAGUGUGGCAUAACACAGCCCUGCUGCUCGUUCAAGAACUUACAGAUUUUUAACAAGCCUUGGUUCACAUGUAAUAGAGUGAGUUCUGCAUUAACUUAAUUCUAUUAUUUAUACUGCUGCAUCCUUUCACU